CGCGUCCGAACUUUUACCCUGCUGAAGUUCCCCUCCGCCGGCCGCGGUCGCUCCAUUUCUGCCCGGCUCGGUGAAGUUGCUGCGCUCAUGCCAUGGGCGGCUCGCCGGUGCGCGGUGCGCUCUUCCUGUGCGCCUUCCUGCAGCUGUUCCGGCUCCCCGGCGGACAGGUGCCGAACUGCCAGGAGGUGCGAGCGGUGUUCCAGUCCCUGCACCCGGGCUCCAAGUGGGUCCCCGAAACCCCGGUGUCAGGUGCAGAUCUGCAGGUUUGCCAAACCAAAGGUCCCACUUGCUGCUCCAAGAAGAUGGAGGAGCGCUAUCAGGUCGCCGCACGCGGCAACAUGGAGUCCGGCCUGCAGGUGGUCAGCGCGCAGCUCAAACGCCUCAUCAUCCAGAACGCCGCCAUCUUCCAAGAGGCCUUCGACCUGGUGCUGCGCCACGGCCGGAACUCCACGCUGGCCGUGCUCAAGUCCGAGUUCCCCGGCCUGGGAGGCGCCGCCCAGAGCUCGGUGGGCCAGCUCUUCCUGGACAUGUCGCUCUACAUCUUGGGCUCCGACUCCACGGUGGACCACAUGGUGGCGGCGCUCUACGGCCGCCUCUUCCCGCUCGCGUACCGCCGCCUGCUGGGCGGCGGCGCGGCGGCGUCGGCGUCCGAGGAGUGCGUGAGGGGGGCCUGGAAAGACUCGGGGGCGUUCGGCCCGUAUCCCAAGCUGAUGAUGACCCGGCUGUCCCGCUCGCUGCUGGCCACCAGGGUCUUCCUGCAGGCGCUGAACCUGGGCAUCGAGGUGGUCAACACCACCGACCACCUGCGGCCCGGCAGGGACUGCGGCCGCGCGCUGCUCCGGCUGUGGUACUGCCCGCACUGCCAGGGCAUGCUGGGCCCGCCGGCCUGCCGGGGCUUCUGCCAGGCCGUGAUGCACGGCUGCCUGGGGGGGGCGGCGGAGGUGCAGCCGCACUGGAGGAGCUACAUCGACGGGCUGGGGAAGCUGGCCGCCGCCAUGAGGGGCGAGCAGGACAUGGAGGCCGUGGUGCUCCGCCUGCCGUCCAUGAUUAGACUGGCCAUCAAGCACGCCGUGAACGCCCGCAGCCGGAUCAGCACCCUGGUGAGCGGGAUGUGUGGACAGACUCCUCAGCGCGCCUCCCGCUCCGUGGGAUCCCCUCCUCCUCCUCCACGGCCGGCGGCGGCGGCGGCGGCGGCCCGCGGCGCCCAGCCUCCGUCUCCGGACUCUGACGAGACCCUGGCAGGCCUCCGCAGGGACUUCAUCACCAGCCUGCGGGGCUUCAGCUCCUUCUACAGCGGCCUGGGGGAGGCGCUGUGCAGCCGGGAGCCCGCCCCCGCCAACGACUCCCUCUGCUGGAACGGGCAGGAGAUGACAGACAGGUUUCCCGGACCCGGCCUCAAACGGCUGCACCCCGCCUCCGAGUCCAGGAGCAACAAGCCCCCGGAGCCGGUCAUCAGCCAGAUCAUAGACAAACUCAAACACAUCAAUCAGCUGCUGCGGAUCGUGACGGUGUCCGAGAAGCGCUGGAGAGCCCGGUCGCGCGGAGCCGGAGCGGACGGGUGGGGGGACGACGCCGAGGACGGAUUCGCCAGCGGCGACUGCGACGACGAGGACGAGUGCACCGGGGUGUCGGGGCUCGGGCCGCCGCCCAGACGCAAGCGGCUACGCAUCUUCGCAGAUCUGUCUGAUAACCUGGCGGUGGACGACUUCACCUUCCAGGAGCAGCUGCUGACCCCUCGGCUGGCCACGGGCGGGGUCGGGGGAGCCUCCUCGCCCGCCGCCCCCCUGCGGAGGAGCGGCCCGGUUCUGAUGGGCCCCGCCGCGCUCACUGUGGUCCUGCUCCGUCUCCACUGACCCCGCUCCGCUGGCUCACCCCGUCACGCCGGGAUUCCCUCCGGACUGCGUCGACGGUGACAAACCCGCGCUGGUUCCAACCGCAGUGGCUCAUCAGUGGGAUUAAGAACCUUACAUUUCUUCAUUCCCUUCAAAAUAAAGCGGUUUCAUCUCAUUCAGAGUCAGCAGAUGUUUUCACCAAAGCACACGAGAAAAACCCUCCGAACUGUGUAAAUAUGAACCUUACCCACCAGUCCACUCCCACCACAGCUAUUUCAACCUGCUGCCCUUUAGCUUCACCAUCCUCUCUACAGCAACACCAUGAUGGAGAUCCACGCCAUUGGACGGCUUUGUUCUGGACCUGUAACUGAGGACCUAACACAAAACAGGCCUUUUCUUCUCAGAAUGCUUUGACUCUGAGUCUGCACUCAGUUAUUGCCCUGCAGGAACAAGCUGGACGGAGAAGAAGAAACCGACUGCGACUAUUUUUCCCGUCCGGGCUGUGAAUGAUCUCCUGCCAGCACUGGACCAAGAGCGGACUUUUUCUUCUUU